GGGCUUUCAAGAGAGAGGAGUUCUCGAGAACGCGAGAGAGGCCGAGAGACUUGAGCAUUAGAAGAAGACAACGAGGGGGAUGGUGAUGGAACAAGAAAGGAAAAAGAGACAAAGACAAAGAAGAAAGCGUGAUGGUCCAAACUCUGUAGCAGAAACCAUUGCUCGGUGGAGAGCGCAGAACGAUGAAGCAGAAGCGGAGAAACGCGUGCGACGUGCCCCGGCAAAAGGAUCAAAAAAGGGGUGCAUGCAAGGCAAGGGAGGCCCAGAUAAUCCAAAUUCCAGUUUCCGCGGUGUGAGGCAGCGUACAUGGGGGAAGUGGGUAGCUGAAAUUCGAGAACCCAAUCGCAUUAGCCGACUGUGGCUGGGAACAUUUCCGACUGCAGAAGAAGCUGCACUUGCAUAUGACGAGGCUGCCAGAGCUAUGUACGGACCCUACGCGCGUCUCAAUUUCCCUGAUCAAUCUAAUGACGGCCAUGUUGCCACUGUCACUGAGUCGAGUGAUACGUCGAUACGGCCAAAGGUUGAACAGACUGACGACGAUUGGAGGAUCGACGUUCCUUCUGAUGUCUUCUGCCUGGAGGAUCUGUUGAGUACUACUGACUUUGAUGUUUCAGAUGAUGCGGAUUGCAGGUUAGGGUGGAACGCCAGUGGUUCUUAUUGGAUGGAAGGUGAUGCUUCGAAUGUGUUGUUCUACCUUCAGAGGCCUGACUCUGAGAUGUUUGGAUCACUAGUUCCCGAUAUGUAGCAAGGUUAAUUUUAGCUAAUGAAAUGAAACAAAACAAACGUGUCUUCACGUUGUUAUUCGACCCAAUCCCGAAGGCUCUUACAAGCUCCCACGUCCGUCGUCACUAAUAAUCCAUCUAUAAAUACUC